GCCAAACUCCAAAGGCACACCACCAUUGAACUUCCCCUCCUCCGUCUAUCACACGCAAGUAGUUCACCCUCUCUCUAUCUCUUCGCCACAAAUCGCCGAUUUGCUCCGGAUAAUCUGAAUCUCGAAAUCAAACGAUGUUUUGCGAUUGCUUCUACUGGAACAAAUCAAUCACCGAGUUGGAAUCGGAAUCGUCCGAGUCAAAGCCCUUCUCGCUUCCGUCUCCUCUCCCUCGAUGGCCACAAGGCAGCGGUUUUGCUACCGGAAGGAUAAAUCUUGGAGAAAUCCAAGUGGUGAAAGUCACCGAGUUCGAUAGAGUUUGGAAAUGUGGCAGGUCGCGUGGUAAAUCGAGUUGCGCCUCUUUUUACAAACCCGUGGGGAUACCUGAAGGUUUCCAUUGCCUUGGUCAUUAUUGUCAGCCAAACAAUCAGCCAUUGAGAGGCUUCGUUCUUGCAGCUCGGGCUAACGAGCCCGGUCAUCUUGCGGAUGAUCAUCGCCCUCCCUUGAAAAAACCUGUGAAUUAUUCUUUAGUUUGGAGUUCAGAUUCAGAUUGCUACUUCUGGUUGCCUAAUCCUCCGGUUGGUUAUAGAGCCGUGGGAGUUAUUGUCACUGAUGGAUCAGAGGAGCCUGAAGUUGAUGAAGUGAGAUGUGUAAGAGAGGAUCUUACGGAGAGUUGUGAAACCGGUGAGAAGGUUCUUGGUAUGGGAUCUUUUAAUGUCUGGAGCACUAAACCGUGCGAGACAGGUAUUUGGUCUCGGGGAGUGGAGGUUGGGUCAUUCUUUUGCUCUACUAAUGAUAUGUCUUCUAAUUAUAAAGCUGCCAUGAACAUUGCGUGUUUGAAAAAUCUCGAUCCGAGCCUACAUGGUAUGCCAAAUCUUGACCAGGUCCAUGCACUUAUUCAGCAUUAUGGACCGAUGGUCUACUUCCAUCCCGAAGAGACUUACAUGCCUUCGUCUGUGCCAUGGUUCUUUAAAAACGGAGCUUUGUUGUAUCGGUCUGGGAAAUCGCAAGGCGAACCGAUUAAUUCUACGGGCUCAAACUUGCCUGCGGGUGGAGAAAACGAUGGGAGCUUCUGGAUUGAUCUCCCUGAAGACGACGAAGUUAGAAGUAAUCUAAAGAAGGGAAAUCUAGAAAGCUCAGAGCUUUAUGUCCACGUGAAACCCGCACUUGGCGGGAUUUUCACAGACAUUGUGAUGUGGAUUUUCUGUCCAUUUAAUGGCCCUGCCACACUCAAAAUCGGGCUUCUCACCGUACCCAUGAACCGCAUUGGAGAGCAUGUUGGUGAUUGGGAACACUUCACUUUCCGGAUAAGCAAUUUCAACGGCGAGCUUACACAAAUGUUCUUCUCGCAGCAUAGUGGUGGAGGAUGGGUUGAUGUAUCGGAUCUUGAGUUUGUCAAAGGAAGCAACAAACCGGUUGUCUACUCAUCCAAACACGGCCACGCGAGUUUCCCACACCCCGGAAUGUAUCUUCAAGGCCCGUCGAAGCUUGGGAUUGGAGUGAGAAACGAUGUUGCAAAAAGCAAGUAUGCGGUGGAUUCUAGUCAACGUUACAGAAUCGUAGCAGCGGAGUAUUUAGGCGAAGGAGCGAUUUCAGAACCGUGCUGGCUGCAGUUCAUGAGAGAAUGGGGACCAACUUUAGUGUACGAUUCUGCAGCUGAGAUCAAUAAGAUAAUUGAUCUUCUUCCACUGAUUGUGAGGUAUUCUUUUGAGAGUCUGUUUCCUAUUGAGCUUUAUGGCGAGGAAGGUCCUACAGGACCAAAGGAGAAGGAUAAUUGGGAAGGAGAUGAAAUGUGUUGAAAACAGAGCUCCUCUGUUUCAAUGAAGCUUGUUACUAAGUGUUUGUGUAAAAGUGUGUAGAUAUGUUGUUAAUUGUAAACAAAUUUUUGAUUCGGUUUGAUCAUUUUCGAUCUUACGGUCGUUAUUAAUCAUAUAUAUUCAAUCAUUGUCCUUAA